AUGGAUUCUAGCACUCUCAAUCUGACUGCAAAGUACGAUGUUGUCGUUGUCGGCGGAGGGCCUGUAGGACUUGCAACAGCUUUGGAGUGCGCCAAGGCAAAAUGCAAAGUACUCGUGCUUGAGCAGUCCGUCUUCUACAAUCAGUCUGGUAGCUCUGGGGACUUGUUACGCAUGUACCGGACAGCGUACACGGAAGACUUUAUGGCCACCCUCGCCUUUCAAUCCAUGUCUAUCUGGGAUGAGUUGGAGAAGGAGGCAGGCGAACCCCUGCGUGUGAUGUCUGGUCUGUUGAAUUUCGGUGACCCCGACUACGGUGCAGGAGGCCCCGAGGGUACUCUGAUGGGUCCCGUGCCAAAUCUGGAUAAAUAUGGUUUGAAGUACACCAAGCUCGGUCGCAAUGACAUCCAAGAAAACUUCCCAUUCCAGAACCUGCCGGACAAAUGGGUCGGCCUCGACAUGUCCGAUAACGGAUGCAUCAAUGUGCCCCUUCUCCUCCGAACCUUGCAUCGCCUGUGCCGCGAGCACGGCGUUGACCUUUUCGACUACGCAACCGUCAAGCGGGUUAAUGGCGCAAGCGCACAAGGGACCGCGUUCGCUUUCCGCACGGAUAAGAUCGCCCUGACCCCUGGCGCGUACGUGAACCACAUCCUAUUCCCUUCUUUUGGGUUCACGCUGGAUGUGAAUAUCUGGGAGAUGGCGAGUCGCGUCUCCGGGUACUACUCUAUCGACCCGAGCAUCGAGUUCAAAAAGAUGUGGUUCCACUUCGAGGGCGACUCGACGUACGGCGGAAAGCCGGUAUCCAACCUAUUUUAUGGCUUCCCCGCAGUACCUUGGAGCCCACCGAACAUGUGCCGCAUCGCUGUCGAUACCGCGACAAAUGUCAUCGCAGACCCCGACCAGCGAGCUUACCCCGUUAUCUCUCCGGAGGACCUGGAAAAUACCCGCAGGUGGAUUCACGAGCAUGUCCUUGGUGUGGGUCCGCACCCGGUUCCGGUCUUCGCGGGCACAUGCUUGCAGACGAACGUCUCGGACAAUAUGUUCGUACUUGACUUCGUGCCCGAACGCUACAUCCGCGCACAAGGUAGUAACGCGGAUAAGAGCAUCGUCAUUUUCACCGCCGGCUGGGCGAUGAAGUUUGUGCCGCUCCUCGGACGCGUGCUCAAGGAUCUGCUCGUCGACGGCCAGGCACCUAACUACGACAUUAGUCACUUUGACAUCGAUCGUAAGCCUGACGAUAAGCCUAUCAUUAGGGAUGGCCCGGUCAUGAAGGAACGUGACAUGUCGCUUAACGUUUGUGCUGGGUCUUCUAUACGUCGUUUGGGCCACUGA